GCUCUCCUGCUUGAACACGUCGACGAAAUUCCCGACAACUCAAGACCAAUUUCUUGCCAUGGCACAGCUCGCGAUCUCGGAGAAAUUGCGACUACGAGAGCUGCGUCGAAUGCGACAGAUCCGGUACCGGAAGAAAAAGGAAGGCUACGCGCUCAGUCUUGAAGAGGAGGUCGGUAAACUACGUCACAAGAUCGAGAAGCUUGAGCAGUGUCGACGUUCUGUGUCUGCAGACGUCCCAGCUGAGAUGAAUGCGUGGAGUGUCGUAGCCGAGUACUUUCGACUCUUUCGCUGUGGCAUGCACGAGGACCGGUUCGAUGCUCAAUUGCUCCUUCGGGCGUCAUUUACUGCUGGUGUGGCAUUUAACUCUUUAUACGGAGUGGACAAGUUGGUGCAAUACUGGCAGCAAAUGUCGCGCUGGUUCCCAAGCGUCGAAAUGGAACUCGUGCAACUACACAAGGAGUCAACGGGAACUCUGACUGCUACAACGGUGACGACUAUUUCCAUCUCAAUGCAGACUAUUCGUGACGUGUUUCCUCACCUAACCGACAGCGACGGGAACGAGUCUUGUGGCUUAUUAGCUGAUAAACUGCUGGGGCAAAAAAUUACUCUGCGUGGCUCAAUGCACUUUGAGUGGGACAAUACCUGCCACCGCAUUUCGAGAGUCAUGAGUCAGUCAGAUAUGUUGACUCCGAUGCUGUGUAUACUCGGGAAUCUGGAAGACACAGCUAGAGUGUUCCAAGGAGCCUUCGUUGCACCGAAUUUCCAGGUCGCAAUGUAAAUACACUUCGCAUAAUGAUGUUCACGGUGAUGAUCUACAAAGGUCACUACAUAUUUCCCGAAUGAAUGUAUCCAGCAUAACCAACGAUAUAUGCUAGUGUAUUUUAAGGCCUCACCUUAGAAAUAAC